UGCAAAAGUACUAUGCCAAGUAGUAAAGUAGGAUAUCUAACACCCAUAUUUACACUCAUCUUUACAUAGAUUUUCCACCUCCACUUUACACAACACACACACUACACUAGUUGAUCUUGAUGCAUGGCUUCCCAAAACUUCGAGCCGAUCCAUUUCCCCGACUUCAAAGACAACAACAAGAUCAACGCCAAAAACCCCCUCCUCGGCUCCCUCUGCCUCUUCUUCGUCUUCUUCACCACCUUCCUCUUCCUCUACUUCAUCUACGCCUGCGCCCGCCGCCGCCACCACGCCGCCUCCACCGCGCUGCCGGAGGCGGGGCUCGACCCCGCCUCCAUCAGCUCCCUCCCCGUCUCCUCCUUCGCCAUGAAGCCCAGCCACGGCGGCGCCGAGUGCGCCAUUUGCCUGAGCAUUUUCCAGGAGGGGGAGAGGGUGAAGGUCCUGCCGCUCUGCCGCCACGGCUUCCACUCGGACUGCGUCGACGAGUGGCUCAGGACUCGCUCGAGUUGCCCGCUAUGCAGAGGCUGCGUGCACCGGGUUGACUCGCUCGAGGCGGGGAUGUGGGUGGUGCCUUUGCCUUGAAUUGAUGUGGCUGUUUGCGCCAGCGCGGAAUAGCACUAUUCUUCUUUUCAUAUAAAGCAAUCAGGCUUUGCUGAAUUUUAAUUUUGGUGAAUUAUUAUUAGUUUAGUCGCACAAUUAUUGGAGCUUUUGCAUCCGUGUGAAUUUUUAAGUGUGUGGUGUAAAUCGAUAUCGAACACGUAUUGAUAUAAAUUAUUUGGU